AUGGCAGCAGCUACAGAACUUCCAUACAGCAAACGCCCUGAAUGGAGCGAUGUCUCGCCCGUUUCUCAAGACGAUGGACCUAAUCCCUUGGUGCCGAUCGCUUACUCUGCAGACUAUAGAGAAGCUAUGGACUACUUUCGAGCCAUAAGCAGGACACAAGAAAAGUCGCAACGCGUAUUGGAUUUACUACGAGACAUCAUUGAAAUGAAUCCUGCUCACUAUACUGUGUGGCAGUAUCGACAAGAUGUCGUCUUUGGCAUGGGUGCCGAUUUGAACAAAGAACUGGACUUCAUCAAUGAGAUGGCCGAGAACCAAGCAAAGAACUAUCAAAUAUGGCAUUAUCGGCAAGUGAUUGUGGAUCGACUGGGUGAUGGUAGUCAAGAACUUGAUUUUAUCAAUGCCAUUAUUGAUGAGGAUUCAAAGAAUUACCAUGCAUGGUCUUACAGGCAAUGGGUGAUAUCACGCUUUGGAUUGUGGGAUGGUGAAAUGCAAUACACGGCGGAUCUUUUGGUAUUCGAUGUACGCAACAACUCUGCAUGGAAUCAUCGUCAUUUCGUCUUGUUCUCGAAGCCUGGAUCAGCCAGCCAAAGUGAUAUUCAAGACGAGAUUGAGUUUGCCAAGAACAAGAUACAACAAGCACCCAAUAAUCCAAGCCCAUGGAAUUACUUGUCGGGUCUUUUAGAAGCAUCUAAACAGCCUUUUAUGCAAGUUGCUCCCUUUUUGGAAGACCUUCGAGCCAAGGAAAUUCAGUCACCGCACCUGUUAUCCAUGAUGAUCGACAUGUACGAGCAAGAUGCAAAGGAAAACUCAAAACCAGUAGACCCAAUGGCUCUGGAGAUGUGCGAUCAUCUUGCUGAUCGUAUUGAUGUCAUCCGACAAAAGUAUUGGAGAUACCGCAAAGCACAACUGCCAUGUUGA